AUGCGGCCCGGGCCGGCGCUCCUCCUCUUGGGCCUGGGCCUCGCUCUGGCCGCGGGCCUGGCUCCGGGCCGCGGCCAACUCCCGCGGCCGCCGGCUCCUCGCAGGGCCCGGGCCGCCGUCCUCGUCCACCGGGCGCCCGGCCCCCGCCGCCCGCGCACCGCCUCGACCCGCCGGCCCCCGCCCGCCUUGCGGACCCGCGUCCCGGCGCCUGGAGCCUCGGCCGCGCUGAGCGCCUCCGGGGGCGCCCGGGGCCCCAGACGGCCCGGCGGCGCCGUCCGCCUCCGCCUGCGGCCCCGCGCGGCCCCGGGCGGCGGCGCUCUCCUGCGCGGCGCCGGCGGCCUCUGCCUGCCCCGCGGCCGCGCGCGCCCGCUCUGCCUGCGCGUGCGCGUCCUGCUGCGCGCCCCCGGGGCCGCCGCGCCCACGCUCGUGGACCUGCGGCUGGCGGAGCGCCGCGGCCGCCUGUCCCUGCUGUGGCGCAGCCCGCUGCCCGGCGCGCUCGGCCGCCCGCAGUGGACCUUCCGCCUCGCGCCGGUCCCGCCCGCCGGCGUGCGGCGCCCCCGCCGGGCCGCCUCUGCUCUGCCCGCCGCCCCCCGCCGCCCCUACGCGGCCUUCGCGGCCCAGGCCGAGUGUCCCACGGAUGGGCCCACGCCUGUUGUGUUAGAAGCCGUCGGCGCGGACGGCCCCCAAGCCAUCGAGUCGUCCGUUUCCUGCCAGCUACCCGCGACGUUGCCCUGUGUUGUCGCCCUGGUAAGGAUCAACAGGAACCAAGACCCGGUGGUGCUGAACAGGAGAAUGGACACGACCUUGAAUGCAACCUUUCAGUUUGACUGCCCGGAAGCCACGUUAAUUAAUCCAAAGUGGAGAGUCUAUUCCGUGCCCUCUGUAUCGGAUGUGCCGGACUGGAAUCAGCCUUUGGACGUCCCACAACUCCGCUUAGGGAGAACUCCAGCGUUUAUGCAUAUCCCCCCAAAUUCUUUAUCUUGGGGAGUGUACGUGUUUAAUUUCACUCUGGACAUCUACACAGGGAGCUCAAAUACGCCUGUGGCAACAGGGUCAGAUGCCGUCUAUGUCACCAUUCUUCGAAGCGACCUCCAGGCGGUGGUUAUGCCUGCCGGGCCCAGCGUAACAAUAAAUUUCACAGAUGCCCUGGUUCUGGAUGGAACAAUGUCCUCGGACCCAGAUUCAGGCAACGCUUCGGCCGGACUCCUGUUUUCUUGGUACUGCACCACGGAUAACACAAACUACCAAGGAGAGAGAAUUACCCUGGUGAGCACGAAACUCUGUCUCGCUGCGAAGCAGGCCGAUCUGCGGUGGCCGGGCGCCUCGGGCCCCAUCCUGUCCCUUUUGCCAAGAACACUGAGAGGCAGAGGCGUGUAUUAUUUCAGGAUGGUGAUCCGGAAGGGCAGUCGAACAGCGUUUGCGGAUAGGAUGGUGCACGUGCUCCUGGGACCGACUCCUGCAGCACACAUUUCGUGUAUUGAAAAUUGUGAUAACUUUUUGAUGAUUUCGGAUCGAUUCUCUUUGUUGCUAAACUGCACAGGGUGUGCAGGAGGCCAUAAUACCUAUAACUGGUCGAUUCUGUCGACUUCGGGUAAAGAGAUGGCAUUUGAUUGGGCAACGGAAACCACAACAGGGAGGACCGGGCCUUAUCUGUCCAUAAAACCUUUUGCUUUUAGGGCUUUUCCUGAAGCCACGUUUUGGGUUUCUGUAUAUUCAGUAACGUGGAGCGGAGCACCCCUGAAGUUGAGAUACUCUUUUAUUAUUAACUAUGCCCCUCAAACUGGAGCGUGCAACAUUAAUCCAGGUCAGGGACUUGCAUUUUUAACCAAAUUUGUCAUCCAGUGUACCAAUUUCACGGAUAAGAACAUCCCUCUCACAUACAAAAUGGUAGUUUCUGAUUUGUACGGUUUUGGGCAAAUCAGUUCUGUGAAAGAGAACACGUUGGGGGCCAUCCUGUACUGGGGGAAUGAGUCCACAUCACCGCCUUCCUUUCUCCCUGUUGGUGUGUCGGCUAAUCAUUAUGUCAUGAAGAUCAUUAUUCAGGUAUAUGACACCCUAGGAGCCUAUACUCUGGAGACCCUGUACGCCACUGUGCGGCCUCCUACGGACAGAAUCUCAUCAAGGAGUGUGCUCGAUCGAUUAUUCAACUUCACCAUGGGACCGAAUUCCUCACUCUCCACUUUGCUUGACGAGCAGGACUUUUUACCUGCAGGUUACUUAAUUUAUAUGGCAGCUUCUGUUGUGAACAACAUGAAAACUAACUUAACUUUGCAAGCCGACAGAACCAGACUCCGGGAUCACCUUGUGAACCAGACUUUUGUUCUUCGCAACAGCACGUUGGAGGAAAUUAGCCAGGUGGUCAUGUGUGUGACCAAAGUGACGCAGACAACCUCUGGAUUCAGUCGAAUGGCUCAGAAACUUGCCACACGGAGGAUCUGGCAGGCCAACCAUGCCCUACUACAGUCUCCACAAACAGGCAAACCCUUUCACGCUGAACAAAUAGAAAUCGUGAGCACAGGGAUAUUAACAAGUUUGUCUAAUAUCCUUAAACUGACUGUUCACUAUGAAGAAGUAGAUGAGCCUUUCUAUGGCUUGGAGUUGCUAGCAGACACAAUAUUGGCUGGAAUGGGGCCCGGGAAUGAAACCACUGAGAUGACAGCCUCCAGCUUUAACAUGUCCCUCCAGAAAACAGAAAUGCGGCAUAUCAAGGAGCUCUUCAGCAAUGAGAAGCUUGGUCGAAGUUAUUUUCAUCUGGUGCUAAAUGUGAGCAGUGUCCCCAGCGUGCCCGAAAAUGCUCUGAUAUGUACCAUGUUUUGUGAGUUUGCAGAUGAUCCCUUUCCUUGGCUAAGUCAGCAGGAAAAGUAUUCCGCUGAGGUGGUUGGGUUCAGAAUGGCAGGCUUCGCCGCCAACGGCGACGCGAUAGAGAUCAUGCCCGAUGUAGCAGAAGUGCAUAUCCUCAGAAAAAACUUGAGCUUUGCAGUUUUCAGUCUCACAGUGGGACCCGACAACACGCCCGAUAAAGUUAAUCAGCCCUUCAAAAGGACGACAGGGGGGUUUAGCUUUGAGGUGGACAGCAACACAGUGAGUGAGGUACUGGUCCAGAUCGUGACAGAAGUGACCCUGGUGUUCACGGUAUCGGUAUACUCUGGACGUGAGAUCACCCCCACCGCCCUGGUGGCCACCUUCUUCGUGCCCUAUGACAUCCCUCCCAUCAGCAACCAGAGUGACCUGUUUCAUCCGGCCUGUGUGGUGAAGGUGGCCCGCGUGAUUUGCCUUCCAUCGUCCCUGCUGCAGGUCAUAGCUCAGAGAGGCAGUUCGUCAGAGUGCACCGUGACCAUGACUCUGCAGGCACCUCGCUUUGUCAUGGCACCCAGUGACAAGCUAGUGAGCCUUGCCCUUUUCAGCGUUCAGUGCUUAGACAUGUAUGGCAUCCAGACUGAUUGGAGAGAAGACACCUGCGUUCUCGGAGAGAAGACCACCUGGGACAAAAUGCACUGUAUCUGCCAAAACCCAAGGAGGGCCCGGCGGCAGCUGGAGGUGAUCACAAAAGCCAGCAUGCACCUGCGAACCCACUUUUUGACGGCCAAGGUGAUUGUGGUCCCUAAUCCCGUAGAUCUACGGCUGGAGCUCAUCAAGAACGUCCCCCAAAACCCCGUGACCCUCUUCGUUGUACUUUUCAUUAUGCUCACGUAUAUAUUCCUCGCGUUCUGGGCCUUGCACAAAGACGCCAUGGACCAGCUUCUGCGGCAGUACGUGAUAACUCUGCCCGACAACGAUCCUUACGAUAAGGUGUGUUACCUGCUCACCGUUUUCACAGGCAUCCGCUGUGGGGCCGGGACCAGAGCCAACGUCUUCAUCCAACUGAAGGGAACAGAGGGUGACAGCAACGUGCAUUGCUUGAGCCACCCCUACUUUACCACCCUCUACCAGGGAAGCAUCAACACUUUCCUCCUCACGACGAAAAGGGACCUGGGGGACAUCCACUCCAUUCGCGUUUGGCACAACAAUGAGGGCAGAGCCCCCAGCUGGUAUCUGAGCAGAAUCAAAGUGGAAAAUCUGUUCAGCAGACACAUCUGGCUCUUCAUCUGCCGGAAAUGGCUUUCUAUUGACUCCUCUUUGGACAGGACAUUUCAUGUGACCUCCCCCAACCAGUCCCUGAACAAAAUGGACUAUUUCCUGAUAGAUUCAGCAUAUAAUCUGGGGAGAAAUCACAUGUGGUUCUCUGUUUUCUCCAGGGCCACUGCCAGGCCCUUCAAUAGGCUGCAGCGACUGUCCUGUUGUCUGGCCAUGUUGCUGUCCUCCCUUUUAUGCAAUAUUAUGUUCUUUAAUCUCAACAAAAAAGAAGACGCCAUGGAGCCAGAGAGAAAAUACACCAGGUCACUGAUGAUAGGACUGGAAAGUGUCCUGAUCACCCUCCCUGUGCAACUCCUGAUCGAUUUUCUGUUUACUUAUUCUCAGAAGGAAGCUUGCCUGACUUUAGAAGAGAUGUCUUCCCAGAAAAGUCCCUUGAUGCGAGUCCCAAGUGAAUACUGGGAGGAACGUCUGAAAACAUGGCACGCUCAGGAAACCGAGGGUGCCCCUGCCAGGGAGGCUUCGAAGGGCCCCCCCAGGAAAAGCACCAAACGUCAUCAGGAGGCUCCUGACAAAGUGGCCUUUACCAAGCAUCACCAGCGUAAGAAGGCAGAGCGCAAGGUCCCCCUUCCCCAGGAUGUAAAUGCGAAUGCCAGUAACCAGAACGCAGAGGGCCAUCAGGGUGUCGCUCCCGAGCAGCAGACCUCCCUGAAGAAUCCUCUAGAACUCCAGAACGAGCACAGGCUUGUCCUACCCAGGUGUUUCGUUUAUAUAGCGUGGUUCUUGGUUUUUGCCACUUGCAGCGUAUCUGCGUUCUUUAUUGUGUUUUACGGGCUGACCUACGGCUACGAAAAGUCCAUAGAGUGGCUCUUUGCUUCGUUUUGUGCCUUCUGUCUGUCCAUCUUUCUGGUGCAGCCGUCCAAAAUCAUCCUCCUGUCGGGCUUCAGGACAAGUAGGACCAAGUUCUGUAAAAACCUCUCGUGGGCAAGCAAGUACCACUACACAGAGAUCAACCUGUUCCGUGAGAAGAUGACCCCAGAAGAUAUGCGAAGGCGUCAUGAGCAAGUCCUGCGGCUGCGGAGCUCGAGGAUGUAUCAGCCCCUCACCAAAGACGAGAUCCGAAUAUUCCAAAGAAAGAAGAGGAUCGAGAGGAGGGCGCUCCUGUUCCUCAGCUACGUUCUCACCCACUUCCUGUUUCUGGCGCUCCUGCUGAGCCUCGUGGCCGUCCUGCGCCACACCGACAGCUUCUACUACAACCAGUUCAUCCGCGACCAUUUCUCGGUGGACCUGGGCACGGUCACCAGGCUGGAGGACAUCUACCGGUGGCUGGACGCCGUGCUGGUGCCUCUACUCCACAAUGACCUGAAUCCAACUUCUCUUCCCGACAGCUCCUCCAAGAUCCUCGGGCUCCCGCUCCUGAGGCAAGUGAGGGCCAGACCCGGCGCGAAACUCUGCCCGCCCGCCAAAGAUUUCGUGCAGAACAGCAUGGAGAGAGAGAUCCGUUGUCACCCCGAGUAUGGCACGGACCCGGAAGACACCCAAAGCUACUCUAACAUUUGGAACAAAGUCAGUAAGCGGGCCGUGGACAAGAACACCAAUGGAUUCACUUAUAAGCCUCAAGAGAAGACGUGGGUGUAUUUCUCCCAUGGACUCUUACACACCUACGGGUCGGGAGGCUACGCGUUCUAUUUCUUUCCAGAGCAGCAGCGGUUUAAUUCCAGCGUGAGGCUCCAGGAGCUCCAGAGCAGCGACUGGCUGGACGAGAAGACCUGGGCGGUAAUUCUGGAGCUGACCACCUUUAACCCGGACGUCAGUCUCUUCUGUAGCACCUCUGUCAUUUUUGAGGUUUCGCAGUUAGGAGUCGUCAACACAAGCAUCUCCACGCAUUCCUUCUCGCUCGCUGAUUUUGACAGGAGGACCUCCACCGAGAUCUACCUGUACGUGGCUGUUGUCAUUUUCUUCUUAGCCUACGUUGUUGACGAGGGCUACAUCAUUUUGCAGGAAAGGGCCUCCUACGUGAGAAGCGUGUACAAUUUGCUCAACUUGGCUCUAAAAUGCAUCUUCACCGUGCUGAUCGUGCUCUUCCUCAGGAAACACUUCCUGGCCACCGGCAUAAUUCAGUUCUACCUGUUGAACCCCGUGGAGUUUGUCCCCUUUCAUGCAGUCUCUCGGGUAGAUCACAGCAUGAGGAUCAUCUUGGGCUUCCUGUUAUUUCUGACCAUCUUGAAGACCCUCAGGUACUCCCGGUUCUUCUACGACGUGCGCCUGGCUCAGCGGGCCAUUCAGACCGCCCUCCCCGGCAUCUGCCACAUGGCGCUCGUGGUGUCCGUGUACUUCUUCGUGUACAUGGCCUUUGGCUACCUGGUGUUCGGUCAGCACGAAUGGAACUACAGUAACCUGAUUCAAGCCACGCAGACGAUAUUCUCCUACUGCGUCUCCGCUUUCCAGAACACGGAGUUCUCCAACAACAGGGUUCUGGGGGUCCUUUUCCUCUCGUCUUUCAUGCUGGUGAUGAUCUGCAUACUGAUCAACCUGUUUCAGGCGGUCAUCUUGUCUGCCUACGAGGAAAUGAAGCAGCCCGUGUACGAGGAGCCCUCGGACGAAGCGGAAGCGAUGACCUAUCUGUGUCGCAAGCUGAGAACCAUGUGCAGGUGUCUGUCCUUCCAACCCAAGGCCCGGGAUGAGCCAGAGUUCUUUGUGGACAUGCUGUACGGGCAGCCGGAGAAGAACAGCCGCCGGUAUCUGGGACUCAAGACCAGAAACAUUAAUGGGAAGAAAAUGGUUUAUCUUGUUGUGUGAGCCGCGACAGUGUCAAGGACCACAGGCGAGACUUCCGCACUCCACCCCCACGCCGCCCUGCCCCAGACUUAAGGAAUGUUCCUUGGCUCAGCUGUUCUUUCUACCCGCCACCUUCAAAAUGCACACCUUUGUGUUUGGCAAUAUCUCCACUUUUGGCCUCAAUUCUUGGGUGUUGGGAAGGAAAGGCAGGUCUGGGGCAGGGAGGAGGGUGCCCGCAUGGGAGCCCGACCGAUGCCCCUCUGCAGGGGGAAUUAGGUAUCUCUGGAGCCCACAGCAGAAUAGAGACCCAGAGUUGGGGGAGAGAGACUCAAGGACCCCCUCUCCAUCUUGCCAGGGCAGAGCCUUCUCCUGCUGUGACUUGGCUCCUUUCCCAACCCCCACCCAUGGGCUCGGAGCCAAGAACCCUGUGCCUCCCUCAGCCCCUCUGGGACCUCCCUCUGCAGACCAGGGCCGGGAGCCUCCCCCACCCUACCCACCCCCACACCCCAGGUUACAGCUGGGGCAGGGCUGCAGGGGCCUUGUGGGCACUUCUCGGAUUUGUCCUGCUGCCUGUGAAUUCAGGGAUGGGAACGGAGGCUCAGAAGUCUGAAGCGCCCCACCUAUUCCUUAGGGCAACUGCAAGUUAAAGAUGUCAAGUUUAACAACACUUUCUGGGCCUUGAGCCCUGAACUUCGUUAAGUGACACAAAGGUGUGUGUGUUGGGGCGAGGGCUCACCCCGAAAGACAGCACAUGUUGUGUAGAGUGACGGCAAUAAUGUAUGCGGCCAGGACCGGGGCGUUGGGGGUUGAUGGCAUGGUGGGGUACUUAGGAGUAAUAAGGAACAUGUGGCUUAUUGUUUAAGAGAAACAGGGGAAGCAGCUCCCAUAGUUCCACUCGGAAGCACGUUCAUUGAUCUAGAUGCCACUUUAGCUUUAUGAGAAUUAAACGUGAGCUUUCUUCUGUG